CAGUCAAGCUCCAGAUGUGUUUGUCUGAGUAGCCUCAACCUCCCUAUGGACUCGACAAAUGUAUCAUGAAAUGGCAUUGCUCACUGGGAAUGCAGAUCCUGAGUUCAGCUCCUACUCCUUCAAUAACUUGGAAAACCUGUGUGAAGUGCAAACCAAGAAAGGAUUCUACUACAAAAAGGCCAAACUUCUGCACCCUGGGGAAGACUUGUGCUGCUUAGCCCGCCUGGAUGACCGGACCAGGUUUGUGAUCAUCAACGUAGGUGGUAUUAAGUACAAAGUCCCAUGGACCACCUUGGAGAACUGCCCCUUGACCAGGCUUGGGAAGCUAAAAUCUUGCAACAAUUACGAUGAGAUCAUGAACAUCUGCGAUGAUUAUGAUGUUAACUGCAAUGAAUUUUUUUUUGACCGUAAUCCUAGUGCCUUCAGGACGAUCAUGACUUUCUUGACAGCUGGGAAGCUGAGGCUUCUCAGGGAGAUGUGCGCUCUUUCUUUUCAGGAGGAGCUUGUGUACUGGGGGAUAGAAGAGGACCACCUGGAGUGGUGCUGUAAAAAGAGAUUGCGACAGAAAGAGGAGGAGGCAGCUGAGGCCAGGCUGUAUGAAGGGGAGAUGGUAUUUAGUGAAACUACGCAAUGUGCCUUCCAGGACGAUAGCCGAUUGGGUUUGUGCAUGCGAAAGCUCAGGGAUAUGGUGGAGAACCCCCACUCAGGGAUCCCAGGAAAGAUCUUUGCUUGUAUUUCAAUCUCUUUUGUUGCCAUCACUGCAGUCAGCCUCUGCAUCAGCACCAUGCCAGAUGUCAGAGAAGAAGAAGAUCGGGGUGAAUGCUCACGGAAGUGCUAUGACAUCUUUGUGCUGGAGACGGUGUGCGUGGCAUGGUUUUCAUUUGAGUUCCUGCUGCGAUCCAUCCAGGCAGAGAACAAGUGUGCUUUCCUGAAAACCCCGCUCAACAUCAUCGACAUCCUGGCCAUCUUGCCUUUCUAUAUCUCUCUCAUUGUGGAUAUGGUCUCCACGAAAAACAGCAGCAAGCCCAGUGGGGGAGCUGGGAACAAGUACCUGGAACGAGUGGGCCUGGUGCUGCGCUUCCUGCGGGCUCUGCGCAUCCUAUACGUGAUGAGGUUGGCACGGCACUCGCUGGGGCUGCAGACGCUCGGGCUCACUGUGCGCCGGUGCACCAGGGAGUUCGGGCUCCUCCUGCUCUUCCUUUGUGUCGCCAUGGCCCUCUUCUCACCGCUGGUGUACUUGGCUGAGAGCGAACUGGGAGCCAAGCAAGAAUUCACAAGUGUCCCCACCAGUUACUGGUGGGCUGUGAUCUCCAUGACAACUGUUGGCUAUGGCGACAUGGUGCCUCGUAGCAUCCCCGGACAGGUGGUAGCCCUGAGCAGUAUCUUGAGUGGGAUUUUGCUGAUGGCUUUCCCAGUCACGUCCAUCUUUCAUACCUUUUCCCGUUCCUACAGUGAGCUGAAGGAGCAGCAGCAACGAGCAGCAAGCAGGCAGAUGCGCCAGCUAGAAGAGAGCACCAAACUCCCAGGUGGUGACAGAACACAGGGGUUUGGUGUCACAUUCCCACCAGAUGCUGCUGGGCAGGAAGGUCAGCCCGUGGUUGACCAGGAAGCCAAGAGAAGCUGUUGACUCUCAACAGCUGAAGACAUAUGUUGGCAGCACAAGAAGCGGUGGACAAGGAGGGGCAGUUCUGCAAGAAGAACUUCCUGAACUGCGCAAAUGAGGGACAGACACACACAAG